UGGCUCGUGUUUGUUUCUGUCACGCCUAUAAAAUGGCUACCAUUCUGAGGUCUCAGAGAUCCUUAAAAAUAGCACCUAGAACUUCUUGCAUAAUAGAACUAACAAAAAAGUCGAUCAGCUCUGAUGUCAAGAGAGGUACAGGCGGUCGUUCAUCAUUCAGUGGCACAGUAGCGACAGUUUUUGGUUGCACUGGAUUCUGUGGCCGCUACAUUGUCAACAGACUAGGUCAGGUUGGGUCACAAAUUGUAGCUCCAUAUCGCGGAGAUGAGCACGAUUAUAGGCACCUGCGGCCAAUGGGGGACCUUGGUCAAAUACUAUUCCGUAGUUUUAACCUGAGGGAUCCUGAAUCAGUGACAAAGACACUUGAAUACUCAAACGUAGUUGUCAAUGCAAUUGGAAGGGACUACGAAACAAGGAAUUUCAAAUUUGACGAUGUCCAUGUUCAAGGCUCAAGAGUUAUAGCAGAAGCUGCAAAAAAGGCCGGAGUGAAGAGAUUGAUCCACUUCUCUGCAUUAGGAGCAUCUAAGGACUCGCCUUCAAAGUUCCUGCAAUCGAAAGCAGCUGGUGAAGAGGCAGUCCGUGAAGUAUUCCCAGAUGCGACCAUCAUCCGACCAGCUGCAAUAUAUGGAAGAGAGGAUCGGUACUUUAACUUGUGCGCCAAAUUUAAAGUAUUUCCACUUGGACGGGUCCCACUGAUGAAUUAUGGACACGGCAUUUAUAAGUACCCAGUGUCUGUGGUUGAUGUAGCCAAAGCUGUAGUUCAAAUAAUAGCAGACCAGGGAACAGCUGGAACAACUUACGAACUUGUAGGUCCUAAACAAUACUUGCUCCUUGAUUUAGUCGAUUACCUCUUCCGUGUGAUACACAGGCCUUUUAGACCUAUCAACCUCCCCAGAUUUGUGUUCAGAAUGACUGCUUGGGGUUUGGAACAAUCACCUUUUAUACCCUAUCUCACGAGAGAUGUCCUUACCAGAAUGUAUCUCUCAGAAGAACCUUCCGGCGAUCUCCCAGGACUCGAGGACCUUGGUAUCACUCCAAUCACAGUCGAAGAAGCAGCUUUAUUCAUUUUGAGGCGCUAUAGAGGAUUCUUUGACUUUGGCAAAUCGGUCGAUGAGAUCGAACCAGAAGCAAAAUAGAGAACACAUUACAAUAAAAUGUAUUAUUACGACUAAAAUAUAAUUAUGAUGACAUUAGAGAAGAAGAAGGAACUGUUACACAAUA